AUGUUCUUAUUUCCAUGCCAAUCCCUACUCGCACUGUGCGUCUCCGCUUUUCUUCGGUCAAUCUUCGUCCGUACUCAAGUCUCGCCCAGCACAAGAGAGAUGAUGCCCCGCCGCCCCCACAAUCUGAAGUUCUUGCGCAAGACCACUCGGUUCUCUGUCACAAUCCUGUGUUCCAGAAGAAGUUCGCCAUGCGACGCUAAGCUUGGCCGGCGAGCAAGCACAGGAAGCCUGUACCCGACCCUCAACGGCAGCCGAUCAUCUGGAUAUCGGCACUUUAGCCUACGGCGUGGCCCAGACCUCGGUCUCUUUCACAUGGAUAUCAAGACCGUCAAGCUGCAACGUCCAUGGUGGAUGAAUCCUGCCAUGGCAAUCUCCGUCCCAGCAGAUGGGUAG